AUGCGAUUCUCAGCUUUGGGAUGGAUUUGCGAGACGAGAUGCAAACGAUCUUUGGCGGUGACUUCCCGACUCGUUGCGGAGAUCGCCCAAUCUCCGCGCGGCAUCAAAUCAAAUCAAUACUCCCGUUGCCGCCGUUCUUCAUCUCAGCAUCCAUCUAUAUCCUCCCACAUCGCCCCUCGCCCCUCGCAUCUGGCCCCUCCCCGCCCCCCCCUCCCUCUCCCAGCCAGUCAGGGUAAAAUUCGGCACGACAGGCCGUUCGGACACUCGUUGGUCAUCGGUGUGACCAAGGCUAUGCAGAGUGACCAGAACAACCUGAUGUCUGGUCUUGGCUUUGCCUCGCAAACGCUAAGCUAUUCUGAGUCUCUCUCACAGGCGUCGUACGCACCUCCGCCACACGGUUCAUUCGCUCUCGCUGCCCCAACCAUCAUAGACCAGCCAGCGCCCCAGCAAACCCGCCAAAAUCCUCGCCGACACGGCGACGCACCUCUGGACGAUCCCAAUCACGUCGUUCCCAGCCAAUCCCCGCUGACUCCUCCUCCUCCUUCCGAACCGCCCGUCCCGAUCUCACCCGUCGUCGAUGGAGUUGCUCGUGGAAGCCUCCAGUCCGAAGUCGGCAACGGUACGAGUCAGUCGAACCCUCCUCCCUCUAUCCACGACAUCCCGUUGGGCGACAGCCACGCCGUCCCUCAGGAUCUUGUUCAUGGAGCCCACUCAGCUGCGCCCACAGUCGAAUUCUGA